AUGAGCUCUAGGAAUCCCAAGGGCGCCCAGCAACGGGCCCAGCAACGGGCGCCCACCGGCUCGGCUCUCCAGGCUCAUCAGCGCAGCAUCUCGUCCUCACAUAUACCGCCCCCUUCGCCCGUCCGCAGAGAUGGCCUCCCCGACCACAGCCAACCGACCGACCCUGCCGACACCUCGUCGCAGGCGGGCACCGCUGGCCGCCACGGUGCUACGCCGAGGCGCACUGCCGGUUCCAAACUCCGAAUCGAGCUCUCCAACGACGACAGCCUGACACCCGGGCCCGUGACCGACUCGCCCCAGGGCACGCCUUCCGUCAUGUCCCACAGUGCCGGUUUCGAUUCGAGCGCAGAUGUCAGCGGUCACGGGAGCCCGGCGCUGUCCCGAGCCUCCCAAUCCGACCUUUCCAUACCCCGGAUGCCCAUGCCUCGACGCCGAGCUCCUCUGCAGCGCUUCGUUCCUAGCAACAAGACGGCCGCGCCGCCCACCGCACCGAUAAAACGCGACUCCAAGCCUAAACAAUAUACCAUCGAGGUGCCUGCCGCCGCCCCGCGAUAUCUGACCACAAACAAGCCCGACACUCUUCACCGCGAUCCCUUUAACAAAGGCCUCUUCUCCGGCCAUGCCGACUUCUUCCCCUGGACCGGCCGCCACCACGAAGACGAAUGGAGCACCGAAGCGAUACAAAAGGGAACAUGGGACCGUGGCAGUCAAAAUGAGACUUCCUCUGCUCGCCUUGCUGUCUACCCGUCUCUUAAGCAGAAGACGGGUCUCAAUGCAUUGUCAACCAUUUUCAUGGGAGUCCUCAACCAGCGACGGAACCGCGGCCAAAUCACAGCUCCCUCGACGUUCAAGCCUCCUCCGCGAGUCACACUCACCGAUACGAAACGUGAGGUGUGGCUCAAGGAUCUGGCGAACCCGACCAUUUCGCUGCGACGCCUCAGCCGCACCAUCCCUCAUGGUAUCCGCGGCCGAACACUUCUCGACCAGUGCCUCAACAAAAACGUACCUACCGAAAGGGCUGUCUGGCUUGCCAAGUGCGUCGGUGCUAACGAGAUCCGCGCAUUCAAGCGCAAGGGUGUCACUGGCGCGCUGGUCAUGGGGAACGAGCUCAAAUGGAUUAGGGACUGGACCAUUUUUGUGGAACAGUUUGUCGACUCUGUUGUCUCCUCGGUUGGGGAGCCUGACUGGAAGCACAGAGUGACGUAUUCAAUCCGCCUCGCUACCGUCCUCUACUCCGAACACUUGCUAGACCGCGACCAUUACCUAGACUGGAUUGUCUCGGGUCUGGAAAACAGCAGUCAAGCUAAGCUCCCUAUGUGGAUAUUGAUUGCGCAGAUAUGUUGGACAGACAUACUGCGGUCGAGGAAACCAGGUCGUCGCCUUGUCUUCGCCCUACUGAACCAUCUAAACACCAUAUACAACGACCCCGAUCGCGACAUUCUAAUACCCCUCUCAAAUCAAUUGGUGUCGCUACUCAAGUCUCUCGUCGCAAAGAACCCGGAGAGCUUCAUCCAACCACUCCAGUGGCUCAAAUACCGAGAUUGCCUCUCGGCCUUUCUCUCAACCGACGAGCGAGCAAUACAGCAAGCAUUGCGUUCCAUAAACCACAGAAACUCGGAACUCUUGGUCUCCACCGCCGCCUCCCCGCCCGUCGGUGGCAAAGAGCACUUGGUCAAGCUUCUGGACACCACGUUACAUGGCAAGGUUGACCAUGACCUGUCAUCCAAGUGCUGGGCAAUCUCAGAGGAUAAGACACAGAUUCUCAAGACUGUCAUUGAGUGGGUCACGUCAUUCCAUCGCCCAGGACUGGAGAAGAUCUAUACCGCGACCAACUUGCUGCGGUCCUGGGCAAGCUUUCGUGUUAACACCACGGGUGCUAUUCUCGACACUUUGGACUCCAUCGAGCCCGACGAUGAAGUGCGGAAGCAGGCAGUUUACCGUCUGGUUAUCGAACUGGCGCGGACUGGGCACUUCUCUGUCUCCCAGUACAUACAGUGGCUGAUUGCCCGAGGUAAUUGCCAUAAUGCUGCCGACGUGGAAGAGACAGGUCCAUGUGCCUCUAGGCUUCUCGUCGAGCUGCCUGUCUCUUGCAUACCUGAGGACCGCAAGAUGGAUCGCGCCAACUUGCUACGCCGCGCUGCCCACUACGAUGUUGCUGAUGAAGCUCGCGAUAUUUCUACUGCCAUUAAGUGUGUCAAUCAGACUAUCGGGCUACCACUGCCAAAUGUGGACGACUACGCGGCCCUGCCAAGCAAGCCUCUUCCGCUGCGCAAACUUGUCAAUCGCAUCAGUGUCAGCAGCUUUGCUCUCAAAAGCGCCGUCGGUGUUCAUCUUUGCAACGAGUUUCGCAACCUGCUUCCGCCACGCCUCGACACCGACGUUUCCUUGAAUGUGUUUACGUCAAGUCGCACGAUUCUCGAAUCAACUAAAGACUUUUCCAUGCUGGGCGAGGUUCUCAAGAGCUGCUCCAAAAUGUCCAACAUUGAAGUUCUCGCUGUUUGUGUAGACACAAUCAACGUCAAUCUCGAGGUCCUUCUUGCGGUUGGUAUCGCGGAUGAACUUUUUGCUCUCUAUUUUGAGCGACUCAAGGCAGCGAGUCGUGAGCACGGUCUGGUGGCUCGUCCUCUGCUUGCUGCCCUGUCGUCGUUAGCACAGCGGAUGCCAAAUCAGAGCGUAAUGGCCAAGAACCUGCAGCAGGAGCUGACGCAGACUGACCGUACUAAUCCUAUCGACGCCUGCUCUCCUGUCUCGGACAACAUGGUUAGCCAAGCCACGAGCCCAGAGGGCGAGUUCUCGGAGCAGAUUGAUAAGCUGCUGGCAACAGGAAAUAGCGUUGACCACCCGACGAUGAACCGUCUAUUCCUCAACAUUGUUCCCCGUCUCGAAGCCGGAUGGAACAAGCUAGACGCGAGUCGCCGAGUCUACGCCUCGCUGCUUGCCAGGCUGCGCAUCUUUGACUCUCAGCAUUUUGAUAAGCUCAUGAGUGAUUGGGUCAGCCACAUUCGAUCACUCAAGGAGCGGCCUGCGUUGCUGGAGCUGCUUCCGCUACUUGUCAGUCUCGGCUGCCUUACCAUGGUUACCGUGCUACAUACGGCCAAUGCAGCUCCCGUCGCAGCAAACGUCACCGCUGUCGACUCAGGACCACCGCGCGGCUCGGCCAUCUACCUCCAAGAGCUUUUGCAGCUCAUCCUCCGCAAGCUGCCCAAACAGAGCCCACUAACUGCGGAGGAAUCCUACCGCUUUGUCGUCUACCAGCAAGCGGCAAAGAUAGAGCAUUCCAAGGCACUACUGCUCUUGAUCCGCAAUGCGGUUCAAGAGUACUCGAUCCUUCGCAGCCGCUCUACCACAACCGCGCUCCCGCUUGACGAUCGCACCUGUCAGGACGAUGUGCUAGAGGCUCUCCGGGUUCUGGUGGUGACCAAUUCUACAGCAGCCGCAGAAGCGCUCAGCAUGAAGGAUCUGGCUCCCGAUGCGUCCGCUCUGAUCAGGACUGUGGCCGCCAAACUUCUUACCCCCGGCGACGAGAAUAGGAGCUCCUCGUUUGACAAGAUUCUGGGUCUGGCUAACGAGCUUACGAUGCCGUUUUGUCAGCUGAGUCUCAGCAUGGAGCUCUCGUUGCCGCAGGAUAACCGCAUCGCGGGCAACGAGCCGCAGGAGUCGCAAUUUGACGUUUUCGCCAGGGCAAUGGACAGCGCGAUUGAAGCUCGCAACAUAUUGUGGACGAGCAUGCUGCCCUGCCUCAGCGACGAUAUCACGCAGCACCUGCGCAGCCAGGCUCACGGACGCUUCCUCAAGAUGAUCCCGUCAUCCAAGGCUACCAACUUUGCUGAGCUGGCCACAAGCGAGGAUAGGAUUCAGCUGGCUAAGAAUCUGCUCGGCGUGAUCGAGGCCAUCAUCUCUGCCCAGCCACCGUCAAAGUCAGCACAGUUGACGACGACGCUGGUGGACAAGCUCACGGACUUGUGGGAGAUUGUCUCGGUUCGCGAGGCGUCGGCGGCCCAGGACGCCAUCCGUAAGCACUGGCUGCCGUUUUUGCUGCGCUUCAUCACCCUUCACAGUAUAUACUCAUCGUCAGCCUCGGACACUUCCACGGCAACCGCAUCCACAGCCACGCCAGGCUCCUCGGCCGUCAACAAAGCUGUCAGCAACGUCGUCGCCCCGGCGGCAUCCGCUACCACCACCGCUAACAGCAAUCACGAGGCGCGGGCGCGCAUUGUUCUUGUCCUCUGCGGGAUCCUGUUCGCUCUCGAAUCGCAGCAAACACUCCCGCCCGACGGCAAGCUCGCGCAGCAAGUCUUUGACAUUGCGCUGCUCCUCGUGGACGCCCUGCCCGACGAUAUGCGACUACAUUGCGCUCGGAACGUGCUAGCCAACCCAUCGGCCGUUCCCAGCAGCGGGACGAGCGCGACAUCACGCAGCGGCACGUCGGAUCCGCGCAUCUACUACCUCUUUAGCGCGCCGCGGCCGACGGCGGCAGACAACCUGAUGCUGGCGCACCGGGAGAGGGGCUCGAUCCCGCUGAGCGCCGCGGCGCGCGGCCUCGGGGCCAUGUACGGCAUCGGCCCGACGCUGCAGGAGCGGUACAGCCACUUUGCGCUGCGCCGCUGGGAGGCGCUCAGCGAGCCGACGCCCAACGUGGGCGAGAACGACACGAGCCUGUCGCUGGGCCUGUUUGAGGCUAUCAAGAUUCAGUAG